UACUUUCUGUCCCUGGCUCUAUAAAACACCCAGAGAGCAGAGAGAGAAAGUCAAAGUUUGUGAUCAUCUAUGAGCCUAUGGACAUGAUGAGCCUCAUCAAAAAGAAAGAGACCCUGAGCAUCAGGCGACACACUGUCCUCUACGUUCUCAUUGGCCUGUUGGUGUCUGGAGCUUCCUGUCAAGCUGCAGACACUCCAGAGGAAGAGGUGUCCUCUCUGAGGCUUAAACUAAACUUGUUGAUGAACCGCUACGGACUGCUGUGUAACCAAUUCUCCAACCUGGCAACCAACUGCUCAGCUCCAGUGAUCAACUGCACCGAGUGCCCUGACGGGUGGCUUCGCGUAGGGGAUCAAUGCUUCCUCCUCAGCACUGACAGGGAUGACUAUUUCAAAAGUGCAAAUAAGUGUACAGAGAUAGGCGGCCAUCUUGCCAUCUUGACCACAAAAGAACAGCAUGAAGCCAUGGAACAAGAAGGUAAAAGGAUCGGAGGGAUAUACAUAUACUACUGGAUCGGACUGUCUGACAUUGAGAAUGAAGGAGACUGGAAAUGGGUGGACAACUCAAAACUUAAAACACCAUUUUGGGACGUGUUGAAUUCAGAGCCUGGCAACACCCUGUCCGGUGGUCUGGAAGGAGAGGACUGUGCGGUGGUGAACAGCAACACUCAGACCUGGUCCGAUGUUCCCUGUUCCUUCACGUAUCCCAGAAUCUGUCAGAUGGACGCCCUCCCACUCCAGUGAGACUCAGCACACCACUGCAGGACCAUCACUCAAUCCAGUGUCUAUUAUCUUUGGAAUUUGAUCUACAAAUAAACAAUUAUCUAAAGAUAA